AUGCACGUUUUAUGGGAAUGUAUGAGGGCACGGGAGGUCUGGCUUCAAAGUCCGAUAUCGUUUGUGCUUGAUCAUGGUGUUGGUGGCGAUUUUAUGGGAUGGGCAUAUGGUGUUAGACGUCGGACGGAUAGUGUCACACUGGGUUUGUUUUUCGCUCUUUGUUGGGGGUUGUGGUCAUCGCGGAAUCAAGCUCUUUUUAGUAAUGCCAUUCACUCGGCUGCCGUGAUAGUUCAGAUGGUGUGUGAUUUAAUGCGAGAUUUUGAGCGGGUUCAUUCCAACGUGAGUGGGAUUCCAGUGGCUCAUGGAAUUGCAAAGUGGAGACCGCUGAUUGGGGAGAUUCUUAAAGUGAACUUCGAUGGGGCCAUGUUCAUGCGGCAGAAGGUCUGUGGGGUAGGGGUGGUGAUUCGGGAUCUCAAUUGCGUUCCUGUUGCAGCUUUAUCGGAGCAAAUUCCACAAUGGAUGGAGAGUGAUUGUAUUGAAGCUAUUGCUGCUAUCAAGGCUUUGGAUUUUGCAACAGAAUUGGGAUUAACAAACAUUCAUUUGUAA